CUAUUAUUCAACCUAUGCCUGUGGACAUCUGAUAGAAAGACAUGCUGGAAUCAUCCAUAUUUUGCAGAGAAGCCCAUCCCUGUCAGGCACAAUGGCUUAUCUAAGGUCCAAACCAGAAGUUGGCUGAAACCACCCCCGCGAUGCCUCAGGAUAUUUCGAGGGAGACGCCAUAAGAACGCUCCAGAGGACAUGGUGCAGGAGCUGAAUGUUGACAUCCCCUGCUCUCAUUCCCCAAAGGACAAGGAGCCGCACAGGGCCAACAGAGUCUGGCGCUGGCUCAGGGGGGAAAAUGGCUCAAUGAGGAAGAGGAAUAAGACCUUUAUACUAUGGAACACUCGUGCCAGUUCAUUGGAGGCCAUAAUAGAUUACCUGGUGACUGCCGUCAUAAAAGAAGAUCUAAACUAUGUUCACAUGUUUCUCGAAAUACAUCGCACCCUUGCUACCACCCAGGAGGUGCUGGGCCUCCUCUUUGCAAGAUUCGGAUGUGUUUACUCCACGUAUGACGAGGUCGGCGGACCCCAGGACCAGCGCAACAUGGCCGUCUAUGCCAUCCUGGAUAUGUGGGUGGAAAGGUAUCCAGGGGAUUUUGUGCAGCCUCCAGAGUAUCCCAACUUGCAUGCUCUACUGGCCUACCUGCAGGUCAAUGCGCCUGGCUCGGACCUGCUGCGCCGUGCCCAGCUUCUGCUUCCAGAAAGGCAGCGCGCUGAGACCACAGAGCCAGAGGCUGGGGGUGAGGAGGACUGGGGGUAACUGAUG